UGCACGGCGGCGUGGAGGAAAAGACUGAGGAGAAAUAAACGGUGGAUCCGCCGGAGCGGAGCAGCACGUGGAUGUGCCUCCGGACGCGCGGCGGUCACCGGCCUCCGGACCUCAUUCAUGCCGACAUUAAGUAGAGGUCGGAGGCUGAAGGGGGGAUGACAUGCGUGCACCCAGCUUGCUAACAUCGCUGACGACUCGCGCCCUAACCGCCUGCCCGCCCUCACGCCAUGACGGACAUCCUGUACACAGGUCCGAUCCCGGGUGAGCGAGGGGGCGAGCUAGCCAUGGGGGGAGGCUGCAGCGAAACCUCGGCCCUGGGCGCGACGGGAGGAGGGCGGGAAGUGGCACAACCCAGAAUUCCCAGCGUCCAAAUGCCUGCUGCUCUCUGCUGGUGCUGCUGCUGCAGCUGCUCAUGGAAUGAAGACGAGAAGAGGAGGAGGAGGAGGAGAGGAAGGAGGAAGAGGAUAUCACAGGACACAAAGAUGGAGCUCAUCCCAAAAUGUGAAGUCUGCACCAAACCCUCAGUGGAAGAGAUCCAACUCUGGUCUCAGUCCUUUGAAAAGCUGAUGAGGAACCCGGCGGGUCGGAACGUUUUCCGCGAGUUCCUGCGGACGGAGUACAGCGAGGAGAACAUGAUGUUCUGGUUGGCCUGUGAAGACCUGAAACGAGAAAUCAGCAAGAGCUCCAUCGAGGAGAAGGCGCGCUCCAUCUACGAGGACUACAUCUCCAUACUGUCGCCAAAAGAGGUGAGUCUGGAUGCACGGGUUCGAGAGGUGAUCAAUAGGAAGAUGCAGGAUCCAACGCCGCACACGUUUGAAGAUGCCCAGCUGCAGAUCUACACACUGAUGCACAGGGACCCGUACCCACGAUUCAUCUCCUCCAACAUCUACAAGGCACUCAUUCAAGGCAGCUCACAUAACUCCUCCGAGUCAUAGCCUCCUUAGAGUCCUAGCUCCUUGCCUCCUCAGAGUCCUAGCCUCCUCAGAGUCCUAGCUCCUUGUCUCUUCAGAGUACUAGCCCCUUCACUUCCUCUUCCUGCUAUCCUACAACUGCAGGAUUGAUGGCACCACAGUUUCCUGAUUCCUCCAGGAUACUUCUCUUAUUCUAAAUCAUCCAACCACAGCUCUUCUCCUUCUCCUCUGGUCUCCCCCUUGUGUUGUCUUUUUUCUUCUUGUUUCCUUUCUUUAACACUUUCUGGUCAAUUCUGCUGACCCGCUGAGUUUAUUUCAAUCACAUCAUGAAUAAGAUACAUUGAAAGUUUUUUUAAUCAGUAAAAGCAUUGGAAAAUAAAUGAAGUUGUCAGAAAUAACUGACAUAAUCAGGAAAACUAAAAUCUGAUGUAUUUAAUUAUUUUAAUAAGUCUAAAAUUCCAUUAAAAAUAUUCAGUUUGAUUUGAAAACUGUAGUGACCAUAUUUAAUAUUUACAGUCUCCCCCCUGCCAUUUGUUCUCAAGAG